AUGGCUACCGGAAGGACAGUCUUCAAGUCGUACAACCGUCACAGGAUCAUCGGGGACGCAUCGAGAGGAGAGUUCAACUUAGAGAUCAGACGUGUUAGUUUGGAGGAUGGAGGAGGGUACAGAUGCACGGCACCGUCUGUUGAUGCAUCGGGUGAUGCAGUCAUGACGGUCAUUGAUCCAAUGCCCGGACCCCCUGAACUGACAGGUGGGGAAUACCCCGUCACCGCCGGAAGUGAGCUGAUGCUGAGAUGCAGAUCAAGGGGAGGACAUCCGGUACCAACGCUUAGCUGGUACAACGGUACUCACCUGCAGAAAUCUACGAAUGUCAAACUCGACGUGGAUGGAGGACAGGUCAGCGCAAAUCUCGCGAUAUCUCGCGUGGAGAAGUGGGACAACGGCGUGAACAUGACGUGUGUGGCCGACCAGGGGUUCCCCAAACUAGUUCAACCAAGGGCGGCGUCGAGAACCAUCCGCGUUAAUUAUCCACCCAGCGUGCUCGUGCCUGAACCAUCUGUUCACGUCAUCGAAGGAGCGACUGCCAAUCUGACAUGCGCAGUGGACAGCAAUCCCUCGGCCAUUGUGAGUUGGCGACGUCAUGGCGACCCUUUGCCGCUAAAAGGUCUUGAGAGUGGCCCAAGUUUCCUCCUUUCCAAGGUUUCCCGUCAGGACGCCGGUGUGUACCAGUGUACGGCAUACAACAGCGUGGCUCCGCCGGGGUACGGGACUGUCACGCUGGAUGUACUCUAUCCACCAUGGAUUGACCCCGCCAUGGAUGAAAAGGUCACGGUUCUGAACGCGCAAGACGAUUUCACUCUGGAAUGCCUUGCGGAAGGCAAUCCUAAGCCGACGGUAAAGUGGCGGCGGAAGGAUACAAGCCUGUACUGGGAAAACCCUCUCCGUUUCCACCGUGUGCGAUAUGACGUGCAGGGGACCUACGAGUGUAUAGCAGCAAGUCCGGGAUUCAAAGAGGUCAAGAGACAAACAUUCAUUGAUGUUGUCGGAAAACCACACAUUCGCGGGUCUCCUUCCACCACAGCAACGGUUGCUAAGGGUGGGGCUAUACGGUUAGUCUGUGACGCGGUCGCGGAUCCUCUUCCAAACCGCAUCAAAUGGGUCCUACAGAACAACCAAGGGAUAGAGAAAGAUCUCAGUACUGUCGAUGAAGACGUGGAAAUCAUUGAGACGAAAUCUGACCAAGAAAUAUCAUCCUCUAUCACUGUGAAAAACGUUGUGAGUGACCGGGAGGGGACGUAUUUGUGCAAGGGCACUAACAUGUUUGGGACGGCACACAGAGAAAUACAAGUAGAUCUGACAGCUUCUCAGCAGCCCAUGACAAUCAUAGUGGUGUCUGUACUGGCUGUGGUGGUGCUGGUAGCGAUGCUGACUCUAUCCUUCAUCAUAGCCGUGAGGAAGGGGUGGAUAUGUGAGCAGAAGUUCUCAGGUAAGUAG